AUGAAGUUGGAAGUGUGUUCCUAUAGUGGUUUCAAGGUCUACCCAGGUCAUGGCAAACGGGCUAUUCGUACUGAUGGGCGUGGGUUUUAUUUCAUAAAUGGGAAAUGUGAGCGUUCCCACUAUCUUAAACGCAAUCCUCGAGAGGUCAAUUGGACAAUCCUCUAUCGACGAAAGUACAAGAAAGGUGUAAGUGAGGAACAAGCCAAGAAGCGGACGAAACGCGUAACUAAAAGUGCUCGUGCCAUCGCUGGUGCUAGUUUAGCUGAGAUAAUGGCCAAACGGAAUCAGAAACCUGAAGUUCGUAAAGCCAUGCGUGAUCAAGCCAUACGGUAA